AUGUUGUCCACCAGCGAAGAUGCCGGGUUCUACUCGCACAACCGUGAUCAUUCCGAGACGGGUGAAACGACGACAGAGGGUGGUGGUGAUAUCCUGACAUGCGGGUCCUGUCAGCGAACGUUCGCCCUCUCCAACAUCGUACGGUUCAUCCAGCAUAAGGUGCUCCAGUGUAACAAGGACACGUACGGCCAGUGCUACACGCAAGCCAUACCCGGUGCCGAUCGUGAUUCGGACGAUGGCCGGCCACUGAUGCUGAUGAACCGGAGUGUCGUGGGGAUGGCCAGCGUCGAUCGCAUCCUGACACGGCGAGCCUCGAUGCCGAACGUAUCCACAACGACCAGCAACAGUAGCUACAACUUUAACAACCAGCAACUGCACCGACAGCGCCACCAGCAACCGGUGGUCUCGUUUGUGGAUUCGCGAGUCCACACACCACCACCGACCAGUCCGGCGGAACUGUUGCGCGACGGAGCGUCCAGCACGCCGAAGCAGAUCGGUGACGAACCCGAAAAUGCAUCCACCCACUGCCCGUCACGUGGUGCCAGCCCGCUCGGUUGCAGCCUAGACGACGAGGACCAGAAACCGUCCGUCCGAGCAGCGAUCGAAAUCAAACAGGAGCGCAUGGAGAUCGAUCCGUGCGGGGACGAACCCCAAACAAACACAGCCUCCACUACCACUACCAGCAUCCGGCAGCGCAACGGUGAGGAGUCGUCACUGCGAAAGUGUCACUCCGGCACACCGGCCACCAGCAACGGUGCAGCAUCCCCCGGGCAUCACCAUCCUGCGACAGCCGACAGUGAACCGAGCGGAACCAACAACCACACCAACAACAACAACCACAGUGAACCCAGCAACUACGUUUGCUCGACGUGCAAAACGAAGUACCAUUCGGCGUGGCGGUUGGUACAACACGUCCAGCAUGCCCACGGUGUAAAGAUCUACGUGGAAUCGCUGGCCAGUACCGGGAACCAGGAUGGUGAUGGUGCGGCCCCUACCACCGACUCGGAUGCACCGGAAUCGGCGGCCGCUGUUCCGGUGACUGAUGAUGAUGAUGAUGGUGUCACUAGUGGUAGUGAGCUUCCGUUGGCCACCGAGAAACCACCCGGACCCGGACAAGCGCCAGAAGAUUCCCUCUGUUCCGGCACUUUGUCCACCUCGGCCUCUUCCCCCUCCUCGAGCAUCUCAUCGCCCCGGAGUUCACACCGAAGUUCGAGCCGAACGCGAAGAGGGGAACCGACGGUGAGUCAACAACAACAACAACAACAGGAAGAGUCAGCAACAGUGAAGCCUCAGCACCCGGAUGAUAGUGAACAGUGCAGAACAGUGUCGUCACGCAGCAAUGGUACGACGGUGCAACACCAAGGGCGUAAGGUGACCGCACCACGGAUCAACGGUUCCGGUAGCAGCGACCCGGACGAAGACGGCGACAUGUCCGACGAUGAGGAACCGCCAGCGGUACGAACGGCGAAGCGAAAGAAACUUACGAGCGUCAGUUCCAAUGGUAGCGCGGACAUUACCGAGGUCCCCCUAGCCCUUACGAGUCCCCUACCGAUCGGUAUUCCACUCGGUUCACCGUUGGCCUCCGGAGCACCACCGACGCUGCCGAUACCGACGCGACUUCAAUCUCCGUCCCCCCUUCGUCAAUCGCAAUCCCCAGCCAGUGGUGGUCCCAUGACGACAACAACACCGGUUCGCUCCACCUCGGCCUCAACGGAAGCGUCAAUUUCCGGCAGCGGCGGUCUAGCACCACCACCAGUGGCGGCCGGUGGUUUGCGCGGUCAUCCGGCACUGUUGGUACCACCGCCACCGCCGGAGUUACAUCCGAAUCCGUUCGGUUUGCUGCGAAUGUCCCACCAUGUCCCGCACAGUCCCCUGUUUGGUCGGGGGGCGCAUCAUGAGCAUGCGUUCCGGAUGGAGCACCUGAUGUCGGAACAGUUCCGAAACCAUGGGCUUAACCUGGCGGCGGCGGCCGUUGUGGCCGCGAAUCGGCUCAAGUCCCACAAUCCGGCUGCACCGUUCAAUCCGGCCACGGGUGCAACCGCUUCCGAGCGGCCACCAUCGACGGGGGUGGCGGCCUCUGCGGCCGCUGCCGUUGCUGUCGCCGCCGAUGCCCUCUCGCUGACACCGGUCAGCGGUGUCGGACUGGAUGGACCGCAUAUGGAUUACUAUUCGCAGCGAUUGCGACAGCUGGCCGGUACGACGAGCCCGGGCGCUAACAUUGGUCCUUCGUCGAACUGCUCGUCGAACUCACCGAGCCCUCGGAAACCACCGCAACCAUCCACCACGGGACCGCUGCAGUUGUCCCCGUCGCGGCAACGGUUUGCCAGUCCAUCGCCCUCCCAGCUACCGCCAACACCGUUGACGAACAAUUCGACGCGACCCCAGAGCCUAACGCCACCGGAGAAGAACACCGAGCUGUUGCUGGGGCUGGAUGCGGGCAGUACGAUCUCCAAUACGCCACGAUCGGCUUCGACACCACCGAAUAAACACCAGUCGUCGUCGUCGUUGGGUGUUUCGCCGGCGGACAGUGCCCUGUAUUCGUGUGAGUUCUGUGGUAAAAAGUUCCGCUUCCAGAGCAAUCUGCUCGUCCACCGGCGGACGCACACCAGCGAACUGCCGUUCAAGUGUACGAGCUGCGAUUACUCGUGUCUGCAGGCGGCCAAGUUGAAGCAUCACAUGAGACUGGUGCAUAGUCAGCAGCAGCAACAGCAGCAACAAUCGUCGCAACCAACACAGCAACCGGGACCAUCGGUGGCAGUAUCCGAGCCGGACACGGUGAGUAAUGUGGAUUCUUCGCUCGACAGUGACGUAGAUCCGGACUCGGACGGUGAUCUGAUGGAUGCGGACGAUCUGGAUGGGGAGGAGUUGAUGGAGGAACGGCACCGCCAUCGGCAUCGGCAUCUUCGACGCCGGAUGCGUCGUCACAAUGGUGGUGGUGGUGGCGAGGACGACGAUGACGAUGAGGAUGAGGAGGAAGAGGACGACGAAGAGGAGGAUGAUGAAGCGGAGGAUCUGAGCAUGAGCAGCACCCAGAGCCAGUCGAAAAAGGACGGAGGACCCGGUGGUGGAGCGUUGCAGAUGUCGACGUCACUGGUCGGGGAGCUGAUGGACAAGUUCGGGCUAUCGAACAUUGCUCAGUACUCGGAGGCAUACAAACAGGCGCUCCAGGAAUCGGGCAACGCGCUGAAGCUGCAGCUGACGAGCAAAGACCGGGACAACAACAAUAGUGCGAUGGGCAUCCCGGGGUUGGCGGAGAAGCUGAACGGGCUACCGUCGGCCCUUCGCAUCAAGGAGGAACUGGCCAAGAAUAUGCUGCAACAGCAGCAGCAGCAGCACCACAACCCUCAGCUACCGCAGGUUCCACUGUUCAAUCCGUUCGAGAAUCCGUUCGAGGCCUCGAAGCGCCUGAAACUGGAGGGCGGUGAUAGCUGGUGGGGCAUUCCGGGACUGCACCGGGGUGAUUCGCUGUUCGAGAACCUAAAACCGGGCCGUGAUCGUGGUGGCAGCGGUGGUGGUGCCGGUGGAUUGCUGCAACCGAUGAUGAAGAAGGAAAGCAAACUGCGCAACGAUACGUGCGAGUUCUGCGGGAAGGUGUUCAAGAACUGCUCCAAUCUGACGGUGCACCGCCGGAGUCACACCGGCGAGAAGCCGUACAAGUGCGAGCUGUGUUCGUACGCUUGCGCCCAAAGCUCGAAGCUGACGCGGCACAUGAAGACGCACGGUCGGCUCGGUAAGGACGUGUACCGGUGCCGGUUCUGCGAGAUGCCGUUCAGCGUACCAUCGACGCUCGAGAAGCACAUGCGCAAAUGUGUCGUCAAUCAGGGAAAGCUGCAGCAGCAGCAACAGCGCGAACUGCAGCAACUACAGCAACAGCAGCAGCAGCAGCAGCAGUUGCAUCAUCAGCAGCAACUUGCUGCGCAACAGCAACUGGCCGCACAGCAGAUGGCAGCGGCAGCGGCUGCUGCAGCCGCCCAGCAGCAACAGCAACAGCAACAGCAACGUGCUGCUGCUGAUCAUCACCAUCAUCAUCAGCACCGUGAUCAGCAACAGCGCGAACUGGCGGCCACUGGUGCGCCUCAACUGCCGGCCGGUCUUCUGCUUCCACCACUGCCAGCGGCUGUUGCAGCAGCGGCUGCAGCCGCCGCCGGUGUAACGGCGGAUGAUGGACCCUCGAUGGUCGCAUUGUCCGGAAGCCCCACAUCCAAUGGUAGCCCCACAUCCGCAGCCGCUGCCCUGAUAAAGGAGGAAGCGGCAACGGCAUGACUUUACCCCCGACCCUGGAGUGGUUACGAAUUGCCUCCCAACCGGAUGAUGUCCCGCAUUUACUAGCCAGCCGCCGCCGUACCCUCGCCCCGCGCGACUGGUGGUGGCCUGGGCGCAACGUCAUCCUUCUUCCUCGUACCGCCGCUAGCGUUCCAGGCCCGGCCCAGGGGUUGCUGGAACCGGAGCUACCGGAGUAGUAACGAGCGCAGCGCAUCCUAAGCGCAUUCAGGUGAUCGUCGUCAGAUUCCUUUCACUUUCUUCCUUUUCUUUUUAUGUUUUAAUUAAUUUUAUCUAGCAUUUAAAUCGAACAUUUAAACACACACACACACACACACCAAUCUUUCUCUAGAGGCAUUAAUACCAAAGUUAAACUGUAAAUCGUGUAAUGCACUCGGGAAAAGGGGCCCGUAAGGAACGGAACGGAACGGAAGAAGGAACGAGCACCGAGUCGCUCUCUCUUUCUCUCUCUCUCUUCCUGCUCUUUCGUAAUUUUUCUUCUCUUAAUGUUUUGCUCGGUUUCGCGAUCGACCAUCGACCAAUUUCCCGAUUUUUCCCUGACCAAACCCGAACCGAGUAAGAUUGUUUCCUUUUUUGUCAUUUAACUAGUUGCUAGUUUUUGUAAAUAGUAUCCAUUUAAGCGAGGGCAUUCGUGGUCCCCUUCCCGGGGAGGGACCCCUAGAAGCAGCAGUGAAAGAAAAACAGGCAUUUAACGUCGAAAGAUUGUUCGCAGGGAGUGAGAGCAAGAGCAUUUAUCGAUAGCAGGUGGCGAAUGGCGCCAGGAAGGGGGUUUAUAAAAUUUGAUAAACACCUCGACACCCUUGAGAGAAAUGUACAGUAUUUUAACCCAUUGUCACUGCAAGAAGAAAACAAGCAGAGUAGAAGCAGAAAACAAACAAAGCGAAAAGUAUAAGACAAAUAAAGAAAUUGAAAAAUGUGAAAAAAACAAAAAGGGUUCAAUACAACCACGGUUACACUAAACAAGACAAGUACAGUAGUAGGUUAAGUAGAGGUAAUACUUGGUAGCCAGAGUCAGCAGCAGCAGCAGCAGCAGUCGUGUUGCGCGAGUGCAUUUGGUGGGAGUCAGGGAAAGAUAGGCAAAAUUGGUAGAGGAGGUAUGGGUGAAAAGGUGGUUUGCAAGAGUCACCUACACCUACGCGUGUACAUAAGUAUGGUUGUUGUGGCCAGUUGAUUGAUACUUGAUAAUAUGACUUGAUUAUUGUUUGUUUAUCUCUUCGUUUUUACUUCAUUGCGCCUUAACCACGUUUUGUUAACAAGUUUCUCUCGACAAGUUCACGCUCUCGUCUCGUUACACGUUUUGGUACGUUCGGGCAUUUUCUUUCUUUUUCUGUGUUUUUUUUUCGUCGGGGUUCGUUUCCCUGUUUUUCGCCGUUUCACGUACACUAGCUUGGACCAUUCUCUCACUGGAUUAUGUUUGUUACGGCAGCAGUGGACGGAGGAAGGUUGUGUAAAUAUGAUUAGACCUUUUCUUAUGUUGAGCGCAUUGGUUGGCGCCACCCUAAGAGCGGACCUUAGGAUCACCGUGAUCACUUUAUGGUUUCGCUGCCUUUCAUUUGCGUAUCGUUCUGUGUUCUGUAUCGCGCACCGUCUUCUUUUGAUAACGAAAAACCACGAGAGCUCCACCGCUCGCUAAUUGUUUCCUUCUAAUUUACGUUAAGACUGACGAAUGAAUGAUGAUUCGAUAUUGGCCUUUACUUAUUUUUAGUCUAGCCCUUAGGUAGAGAGUAUCUUUUUCCCCCGUACCCCCGAUUAGCGUUUACGUUUAGUGUGAUAAGAGUGCAACACCUUACUCUAGCGACACUGUGGAGGGAUUGUAGAGAGUGUUUUUUUUUUACUGUGCGGCAGCAUCGUUUCCUGUUUCACUCUCUGCACCACGGAGAACUAUUUAUUUUGAAUCCUUUCCUCGGGGCGCUAGUAAGAUUAGUAGUGACGGCGAAAGGUCAGCAAAAAGAGAGAUGAAGAGAGAACGAGAGGGAGAGAGAAACAAGAAGCUGCUAAGCGAUUCCUUACAAUCAAUCGAGCAUGAUUUGGAAGCAAUUGCCUAGCCACUUUGAGGGAGAGAUAGAAAAUGAGAUGAAGGGAGAAAAUGUAAAAAAGUGAUGGUAAAGAUAAAAACAUAAACACAGAGAAAAGAGAGAGCGAGAGAGAGAGAGAGAAAGAGAGAGAGAGAGAGAGAGAGAAGUUUUAAUUUGUAUCGCGAAACAAAUAAAGACAAUUGCAAAACCACUUAUAACCAAUGAUACAGUGAAACAAUCAAACGAAGGUGGCGAGUUUGUUUCUUAUUUUCCUUAUUCCUUUUUUAUAUAUUCCGUUUCCACUUUUCGAUUGAUACAUUCCUCGCCUUCAUGCAGGGAUGCAGGGAUCUCAGGCCGCUGGCGCUGAAUAUGUUUUGUUGAAGAAAUUUAUGCCAGAAAUAGAAAGGGGAAAAAGGAAAAAGUCGAACACUUUGACGACGAGGACGAGGACGACGACAGGCGAACGCAAUUAUGACUCAAAGACAUUCAAAGAGUGAAGACAGCGGCACAUACAACACAUGCAAGCAAAACAAGGAUUCCUACUAAACUUUAUGAAUUUAUAUAAAUGUACAAAUUUGAAGCUAGGUGUAUGAAAGCAAGCAAAAUCCGACGACGUCCGGAAGUAAUUAGUGGAUGGUCCCGUGGGUGGAAUAUUCGGUAGUUCGAUACGUAAGGGGGGCGCUAGAGGUUCGUGGGGUGCGAAAGGAAGGAAACACUAAAUUCCCGACAUAUUUUUACAAUACGCGUGUACGCCUGGGCAUUGUAUUGGCCAGUUACAUCCGAGCAUUGGUGAAGUGUAGGAGCUGCCCGAGAGAUGAAUGAAUAAUAAUUAGCGAAAAAGUCAGACGGGGAGGACUGUUGAUAAUGCGUAAAAUGGGAAAGUGUGUGACCAGAGCCAGUGAUGUGAGUGAUGGAAAGCAUUGGCCCCGGUUAUCACACAGAUGUACAGCUAAAACAAAAGAAAAGAAAACCCAAUUUUCCGAAUUCCCCCACCUCCCCGACAGAGGGGAUGAGGGAGGGAGCGUAGAAGCAAAAUCCUAAUAAAUCACUUAGAUUGUAUAACGAUGAUGAAAACCGUACUUACACAGUGAA